AUGUCGAUUUCAAGCCUCCCGAGCAGAUCGCGCUCGCACUCGCGGCUAUACCACAAGCGAUCUCAAUUUCUACCAGCAAAGCCUCGCGAGCACGUGACACUCUCCUCGCGGCUCCCUCUCCUAGCCCCUCUCAUGGUCUCUCUCCUCCUCCUCACCAUCUCUUCACAAGCCACAGUCGCAGCCGCCUUCCCUUACGCCUCCGCCCAUGCGCGGUGGUUGCAGGACGUCUCCGCUCCUCCCCCUCCCCCCAUUGUCGCUCCUCCGCCUCCCCUUGCCACGGUUUCUCCCCCUCCGCCUGUCGCCGCGGCCUCGACCGCUUCUCCACCGCCGCUCGACUCCUUCUCUCCUCCGCCACCAACCACCUCCCCUCCGCCUCCUACCCUCUCCCCUCCCCCGCCCACUACCUCCCCAUCUCCUCCGCUCUCCCCUCCUCCUUCACCUCCUUCGUCCCCCCCUCCCUCACCGCCGCUCCCUCCACCUCCCACCCCCCCUUCUCCCCCACCCUCCCCUCCCCCGACUCCUCCCCCUCCCCCUUCCCCGCCUCCGCCGCCUCCCCCGCUGGGAACCUGCCCCGCACCGUUCACAGUCGGCGCGCGCUGCACCAACUGCACCAAGGCCGGCGGCUGUAUCUGCGACUCGUUCGGCGUGUGCCGGCCGACCUGCAGCUACGUGCCAGGCGUCGACUACAAGUCGCCCACGUGGCGGCGCGCGUGCAACACGUGCCCGAGCAAGCGCCUUGGCGUACCGAACGCGCAAUGCGCGUGCGACAUCAACGGCAGCCAGCAGUGCGUCGAUUUCUGCGCGCUCCCGGAGAACAACAACGGCGUGACGCCGGCCAAGGCGGGGAAGGACGGGUGCGUGUGUUCGCCGUCCAAGGCCAAGUGCGUGCCGUUCUGCAACGAGAAGGACGGCUUUAAGUGCUCCAACUCGGAGUCCGGCGAGGGCUACUGCCGCGCGGGGCUCUGCUACGACAUCUGCGCCAUUGCCAAGCCCGGCACUGUUUGCCGCACGUGCAACAGGACGAAAGGCGGCUCGUGCGUCUGCGGCUCGUCGGGAAAGUGCGAGCCCGACCUCUCGUGCACGGGCCCGUCUCCCGUUCCGCUUGUUCUUAACUCGUCGAACGCGUAUCCGUGCACUUCUUGCUCUAACGCGUAUUAUUACCCUGUGACUAACGUCAACGUGGUUACGGCGCCGGGGUGUAGAUGUGCUGGUAAAGGGAAGUGUGUGGAGCCUUGUAACGGGGGAUUGGCGGAAGGCGCGGUGUGCAGCGGAGGAGCGGCGUGCGCGGAUAACACGAACGGGUGCAGGUGUACGCAAGGGCGGUGUAGACCGUUUUGCGAGUUGCCUACUAACGAGGGAGCUGCUUGCGGGGAUAUGUUUUCGCAGCAGGGGACGUGCGUUGGUGGGAAGUGCGUGCCGCGGUGUAGCGUGGCGGGAAGCGACGGGCUGCAAUGCAGUUACAACUGUACAAGCCAAGUGUGCUUAUGUUCUGCUGGUCAGUGCAAACCGCAGUGUCAACUACCCAGUGCCGAAGGAGGAGAGUGUUUCGACAGUGCAGAAGAGGGGCAUGUGUUAAUGAGAGGUGAGGAGGGUGGGUCUGACUAG